GGAAAAGUCAACUUCAAGAGAAAAAUGUGUGGCAAGCUCACCAAAUUUCAAGUCCAAGCAGAAGAUCAAAGUGAAAAAAAUAUUCAAAGGCAACGCAUCUUCAAUCUCUCAUACAGAUAAUAUAUCCAGAAAUGGUCAUGUGACUGCUGGAACUGCUGAAGUUGAACUUAUUGAGCAUGAGCCAGGAUUACAGCACAGAACCAGCCGAAGAAAUUCGACUUCUUUUAAAGAGGUGGAAAACAUUGAACAGAGUGGUAUCAAAUGUAACCUUACACAAGUGAUUCCUGGCUCACUUGUGCCCACUGCACCAGAUGUUUCAGAGGUGGCGCUCCUGUUUCAAAAUUUGAAAUCUGU